AUGAAGGAUUCACAAAGCUCCAGUAAGAUGAAAGGCUCCGAUAACCAGGAGAAACUGGUUUAUCAGAUCAUCGAGGACGCAGGAAACAAAGGUGAGCCUACCCCCCACCCCUCUGCCUCACAGCGCUCAUUUCAAACUCCUUCCAUUGUGAAGACUCUAGACAACACUUUAGAACGUCCGGACGCGAGCCGGAAGUACCGGAAGUACCGGAAGUACCGGAAGUACCAGAAGUACCGGAAGUAG